GAAGAAGUUGGUUCUUGUCUCGAAUACUUUUCCUCCCGUGCCCCGCCCCUUGAAUCAGAGGCGGCUGUCUUGUGCGGCUAGAGCAGGGACAGGAGAGUUCGGGGCAGCUGUCAAAAACGAGACGGGGAAACUUUUCUUCCCUGGGGUGGAGGAGGGAAGGAGGGAGGUGUCCCGUUUUCCAUCUGUUGCAGUUUCCGAACAAAAUGCACCCUCGCCAGCCCCGGGAAGAAAGGCCCAAGGGAGAAACCUGGGGCGCUCGGCUGUGCCCCCACCGCCGGGCGAGGGAUGCGGGCGGUCAGUGCGCGGCAGGCGGAAAGGAUCGUGUUUCUGGACCCGGCCACCCCCCGCGUCCGCGCCGCUGCCCCCGAGGGACGAGUGACAGCGGCCGCCGCGCUCGGUCCAGUCUUCCCGGCUGGAAGGUAUUGUUGCAGCAUCUGGCAGUGAGACUGAGGAUGAGGACAGCAUGGACAUUCCCUUGGACCUUUCUUCAUCCGCUGGCUCAGGCAAGAGAAGGAGAAGGGGCAACCUACCCAAGGAGUCUGUGCAGAUUCUUCGGGAUUGGCUGUAUGAGCACCGUUACAAUGCCUAUCCUUCGGAGCAAGAAAAAGCAUUGCUGUCCCAGCAAACACACCUGUCUACACUACAGGUCUGUAACUGGUUCAUCAACGCCCGCCGCAGGCUCCUCCCUGACAUGCUGAGAAAGGAUGGCAAAGAUCCAAAUCAGUUCACAAUUUCCCGCCGUGGGGCCAAGAUUUCUGAAACGAGCUCUGUGGAGUCCGUGAUGGGCAUCAAAAACUUCAUGCCAGCUCUAGAGGAGACCCCGUUUCAUUCCUGUACAGCUGGGCCAAACCCAACCCUAGGGAGGCCACUGUCUCCUAAGCCGUCAUCCCCGGGAUCAGUUUUGGCUCGUCCAUCAGUGAUCUGCCAUACCACUGUGACUGCAUUAAAAGAUGUCCCUUUCUCUCUUUGUCAGUCGGUUGGUGUGGGACAAAACACAGAUAUACAGCAGAUAGCGGCCAACAACUUUACAGACACCUCUCUCAUGUACCCAGAGGACACGUGUAAAUCUGGACCAAGUACAAACACACAGAGUGGUCUUUUCAAUACUCCUCCCCCUACUCCACCGGACCUCAACCAGGACUUUAGUGGAUUUCAGCUUCUAGUGGAUGUUGCACUCAAACGGGCUGCAGAGAUGGAGCUUCAGGCAAAACUUACAGCUUAACCCAUUUUCAAGCAAAACAGUUCUCAGAAAUGUCAUGAUUGCCGGGGUGAAGGCAAGAGAUGAAUUGCAUUAUUUUAUAUAUUUUUUAUUAAUAUUUGCACAUGGGAUUGCUAAAACAGCUUCCUGUUACUGAGAUGUCUUCAAUGGAAUACAGUCAUUCCAAGAACUAUAAACUCAAAGCUACUGUAGAAACAAAGGGUUUUCUUUUUUAAAUGUUUCUUGGUAGAUUAUUCAUAAUGUGAGAUGGUUCCCAAUAUCAUGUGAUUUUUUUUCCUCCCCUUCCCCUUUUUUGUUAUUUUUUCAGACUGUGCAAUACUUAGAGAACCUAUAGCAUCUUCUCAUUCCCAUGUGGAACAGGAUGCCCACAUACUGUCUAAUUAAUAAAUUUCCAAUUUUUUUUCAAACAAGUAUGAAUCUAGUUGAUUGAUGCCUUUUUUUCAUGACAUAAUAAAGUAUUUUCUUUAAAAA